CAACUGCAAGCUUUGCACAGAAUCAGCCAGAGUGUAAUCUCGCUGCUCCCUUCUUCCAGGUGCUAUCCUGCCCCGGUUCCUGAGAAGACCUACCUUCUGCCUCCUGGAGAAAUGGGCUCCAAGUGGAACAGCAGGUCUCUCCGUGGAAGUCUGAUUCUUUUGGGCAUUUUUUCUCUCACUGCCCUGAUCCUUAGCUUGGUGAGAAUCCACAACACUACACAACCUUCUAAGGACAAGUAUGGCUUGGUGUUUGAUGCAGGUUCGUCUCACACGUCCCUCUUUGUGUACCAGUGGCCAGAGGAGAAGGAAAACAAUACGGGCAUGGUUAGCCAGAUGUUCUCCUGCCAUGUCAAAGGGCCAGGAAUUUCCAGCUAUGCCAAGAACCCUUCAAAGGCUGGGGCUUCUCUGCAGGAUUGUCUGAACGCAGCCAUGGGAGUUAUCCCCCCACACAGACAGCAAGAAUCUCCAGUCUAUUUGGGAGCCACGGCAGGCAUGAGGCUGCUCAGGAUGCAGAACGAGUUGGCAGCCACGCAGAUCUUGGAGGCCGUCUCCCAAACGAUCCGGAAAUACCCCGUGAGUUUCCAAGGCGCUCGAAUUAUCAGCGGGAAGGAAGAAGGGGCCUUUGGCUGGAUCACCAUCAACUACCUGCUGAAUUCUUUCACCCAGUACUCUGCCAAAGAGCGAGGCUGGAUCCGUCCUCCCUCAGCCAAUAUCCUGGGAGCUCUGGACCUCGGCGGAGCCUCCACCCAGAUCAGUUUCAUCCCCGCUGGUCUGAUCGCGGAUCCCUCCGAAGCCGUCCAGUUUCGCCUCUACGGCUUUGACUACAACAUCUAUAGCCACAGCUACCUCUGCUACGGCCAAAACCAAGCUUUCCAACGGGUGAUCCGGUUGAUUCUUAGUGGAAGCCCCAGCGUUGAGGUGGCUCACCCCUGCUACCCGAAAGGCUACAAAGAGGAGGUACAGGCGGCCUCCCUCUCUGGCAACCCGUGCGUCAAGCCUCUGCCCGCCACCACCUCUCCGUCCAACGUCACUCUGGUGGGCAAAGGGAAUUUUAGCCUUUGCCGGGAGAAAUUCAAAGCCAUCUUCAACUUCUCCGGCUGCCGAGAUCCCUCAUCCUGCGGCUUUGAAGGAAUCUACCAGCCCAGAGUCAACGGGAAGUUUCUGGCCUUUUCAGCGUAUUACUACACUUUCCGAUUUCUGAACCUGACUGUCACUAGUCCACUGGCCACUGUAGAGAGAGCCAUCCAGGUUUUCUGUGCCAGAACAUGGGAAGAUCUGAACACCAGUUACCCUCAAGAAAAACCCUUCCACCUGAAGAAUUACUGUGCCAGUGCCAACUACAUCUUGACCCUUUUAUUGGAUGGUUACGGCUUCCGAAACGACACCUGGCAGAACAUCGCCUUCCAAAUGCAGGCUGCCGAUUCUGACAUCGGUUGGACCCUGGGCUACAUGCUAAACCUCACCAACAUGAUCCCGGCGGAGGCCCCUCAACUGCUCAAGGGCCACGAGGAAGCCUUCUGGAUCGCUAGCGUCUUCUUCCUGGUGGCCACCCUGGCCCUCUGCCUCCUCGCCCUCGUUUUGCACGCUCUGCUGUGAGACACACUCCAAGAGGGCUUUUUGUCACCUCCACCCACCGUCCCUUUGCUCCUUGGAGAGGUCCCGAGUCUUCUCCAGCCAAGGAAAAGAGGUCCAAGGCCAUGCACACGUCCUACCUCAUUGGUCUCUGCCCCUUUUGGCACGAGGCAGGAGAUGUUCUCCUCUCAUGGAGGGCCCCAGCUCAACCCCUGACCCCGUCCGCCUUUCAGCCUUGGGACGUUGGCUGUUGGUCCAGAGGUCCUUCCACCUUUGCGUUUCUUAUUUAUUAAACCUGUCAG